AUGCACCAGUGCGGUGCCUGUGGAGCUCCGAGCCCAGAGUAUGCCUGCUCAAGAUGCAAGGCAAAGUUCUGCGGCCGCGACUGCUUUGUUCGGGCCUGGCCGCAGCACAAGGCACAUUGCACGGCCAAGCCAUCGGCCAGGAGGCGCAUUGCCUUCAUCGACUUUUGGCCGGGCUUCGAGGACGACACCGACCAGUGGUUCUGCAAGGAAUGGUUUAGAAAGAACCUGAAAGACGCCGACGUGGUCAGCGUUUCGGAGAACCCCGAUGUCAUCAUGUUCAGCUUGUUUGGACGGAGCUUCCUUUCCUAUCUGCACUCUGGCUCAGCUGCAAAACUCGUCUUCUUUACAGGAGAAAAUACCAGACCGCCGGUUGGCAAGGUGCCCUUGUGCAUCUCCUUCGACCACGUCCCCGGCGUGCCGCCGACCACACACUCGCGCAUCCCUUUGUGGGUCUUCAACAAAGAGGUUCACGACGUGAUUGCAGCUCAUGCGGCCAGACUCCGUGGGGACUGUGAUUCCAGCGAGCGGUCCGGCUUCUGCUGCUGGGUCGCCAGCAAUGCCAACAUGUACAACGCGCAAUUCAGGAUGCAGUUUGUGCAGACAUUAUCUGCCAGGUAUCAACGCGUAGACUGCGGCGGAGAAGUGAUGAACAACGUCGGUGAACCAGUCAAGGACAAGCUCGAGUUCCUGCGGAAGUAUCGCUUCAACGUGUGCUUUGAAAACGCGUCCUUUCCAGGCUACUGCACGGAGAAGCUCUUACACGCCUUUGCGGCUGGCUGUAUCCCCAUCUACUGGGGCGAUCCAGCCGCUUGCUCGACGAGCAGUGCUUGCGACUUCAACCCAGAGGCGUUCAUCAGUGCGCACGACUUCUCGAGCCCCGAGCUGCUCAUCGAGCACAUCCAAAGGGUUGACACGGACCCGGAGCUCUUUAAGUCUUACUUGCGGCAGCCCAUUUUGGCAGAUCACUGGUACGCACGACUGCAGGACUGGCCACACUUCUGUCGGGAGUUCCAUGACCUGCUCUUCACGGACUGCGAGCGGGGGACGUCUCCCCGGCUCGGGACGUUGGACCCGAUGGGCGUGGCGGCUGAGGGCAGCGUGUGGCAACUUCUCGACCCAUUCAUGCCGAUGCGCUCGCGCACGGCCUCCGUGGGCGAGACCUUGAACGAAGUGCAGAAGAGCAAUGGAAAGGAGCAGAAGAGGAAGGAGGACUACAAUGAGGGCACUAACUAUGUGGCGGGCGGCGUCGAGGCGAACCCUUACCUAUUCGCUCUGAUCAUUGCUGCGCCCUUCCUCUCGCUGCUCCUGGCCUACUUGACCAGCACCGAGAUGGCCGAGAUGGCCGAGGCACACCAGGCCAGGGCUCCCUUUGCCAUGGUGGCCACGUGUGUCACGGAGCUCCAGGCGUGUGCUGGACAUCUGCUGGCCGCCGGCCUGUCUGUCCGGCCGACGGCGCAGGGCGCAAAGUUCGUGCUGGCCUUCAUGGGCGUGGCGCUGCUCACCGAGUUCCUGCCGGGCAAGGUGGAGACGGGCCCCAUGACGUUGACGGGCCACGUGCCGCGGUACGUCGACAACGGCGUGCUGCACUGCAUCGUGUACACCACGCUGUUUUUUGCGGGCUCCAACCUGGGGCCAGGCGGCCUGUACGACUUUGGCAUCAUCUAUGACGUGUUCCCGGGCACGGUGGCCUUCCUCAACAUCUUUGGCAUGGUGUUUUGCAUCUUCCUCAUGCUCAAGGGUCUCUACUUCCCGUCAACGCGGGACCACGGGAGCUCGGGCUCCUUGGUCAAAGACUACCUCUGGGGCACCGAGCUCUACCCGCGUGUGCUAGGCUUUGACCUGAAGCGCUUCAUCAACUGCCGCUUUUCCAUGACGUACUGGCAGUUGGCCGGCUUGUCGUUUUGCUACCGCUCCUACACGCUACACGGCGCCAUGGACUGGGGGCUCUUCUUCUCAGCGGUGUCGCAGUACCUCUACCUCUUCAAGUUCUUCAUGUGGGAGAUGGGCUACAUGCGCUCAAUCGACAUCAUCGUGGACCGCGCAGGCUUUGAGAUCCAGUGGGGCUGCCUCGUGUGGGUGCCCGCCGUGUACACGCUGCACACGCGGUUCCUGGUUCCAAACCCAUCGGGCCUGUCUUUCGGGCCUGCCGCCGCGCUCUUUGCGCUCAGCAUGGCCGGCGUUGUUCUCAACUACCUCGCCGAUCGCGAGCGAGACGUGUUCCGUGCUACCAACGGCAAGGCGCUCGUGUGGGGUAAGAAGCCCGAGUUCAUCACGGCCAAGUACGAGACCGUUGACCGCGACACGGGCGCCAAGACGCAGAAGACGUCGCUGCUGCUGGCGUCGGGGUUCUGGGGCGUGGCGCGCCACUUCCAGUACUUCUUCGAACUCACAGCCGCAUGGUCGUGGUGCCUACUGGCCAACCCCGCCGUCAACGGCGUCAUCCCCCUCUUCUACGCCGCCUUCCUCACCGGCCUGCUGCUCGACCGCGCCAACCGCGACUCACACAAGUGCAAGCUCAAGUACGGCAAGUUCUACGACGAGUACUGCAAGCUCGUGCCCUACAAGAUCCUCCCGGGCAUCUACUGA